AUGGCGGCAGCAAAACUCACAAAGAAGCAGCAGAAAGCUGCAUCCUUCAAAGCAGGCAAGAAGGGCAAAGCUGCCGCUCUCGAAGAUCAUCCCGCUACUCCCGACGACGUCCCCGAAGACGCACCUACCGCUGCACCCGAAGCAUCCACCUCUUCUUCCACCCUUGCAGACCAGUCCUCAACAGAGAGUGCGCCUGCGCCAGUCAAAGAAGAGAAGCGAAACAAGAAGCGCAAGCGUCUAGCUGCCGAAGCUGAAGCUCUUGGCCUUGCACAGCCUGAAUCCGGUACCGCACCUCAAGACAAACCGACAAAGAAGAGUGACAAGGAGAGCAAACCAAAGAAGACAAAAACCGCAUCUACCAAGACCGAGCCUGCAGCGAAUGCGAAAAAGACCACCUUCGGAGACGACGGGGAGGUAGCCUCGGAGCAAGCUGUACAGCCUGAGGCCGUCACGGCCACUGAAACCCCUGCAAAGGCCAACAAAUUCAUCCUCUUUGUCGGCAACAUGGCCUUCACCACCACCUCGGAAAACAUCUCCAAGCACUUCGGACAGGCGUGCGGCGAAGUACCCAACGUACGACUCCUGACACGCAAAGCCGACCCCAACGCACUAGCUUCACUCCCCGCCUCAAAACGCAAAUCCAUCGCCAAGGGCAAAGCACAGGACCCGUCAAAACCGCAAUCCAAAGGCUGCGCUUUCGUCGAGUUCAAAACCUCGGAUGCACUGAGAAAGGCGCUCAAGUUCCACCACACGCUGCUGGAGGGAAGGAAGAUCAACGUCGAAUUGACAGCCGGUGGAGGAGGAAAGGGAGAAGCGAGGCAGGAGAAGAUCAAGGCCAAGAACGCGGGAUUGGAUAAGGAGAGGCAGAAGCUGCAUGGGAAGUACGUGGCGCCCAAGAACGAGGCGAGGAAGCAGACGAGAGGGAGAGGUGGUGAGGGGCAGGGUGGUGAGGAGAGAGCGAGCAAGAGGAGGAAGGAAGAUGAUGGUGAGCAGACGUCGGGUGGAUGGAGUAGGAACAGUGGGAGGGAGAGGAAGUUGCCUAGGUUCAUGGCGACUGGUUCGAACGCGGUUCCUGUUGCACCGACUUCUUAG